GGUGUGUUACUGUCUAAUACAUCCGGGUAGCUAUUUGGGUGAAAGGUCUUCGGUAUCGGUCGUUCUAGUGCAGUGCUGCGACAGUGGUGACAGCUGAAGGGAACGAAUUCACGAAAAUAAACCCCAUCAGAACACCACUAUGGCCAAGCAGGCUCAGCCAAUAAGUCCCGGGAAGAACUUCUUCGCUGGAGGAUUCGGGGGCGUCUGUCUGGUGUUCGCCGGUCAUCCGCUGGAUACCAUUAAAGUGCGAUUGCAGACUCAGCCACUGCCUAAACCUGGAGAGACACUCGCGUACACCGGCACCAUCGAUUGUUUCCGAAAGACACUUGCAAAAGAGGGUAUGAAAGGCCUCUAUAAAGGCAUGGCUGCCCCCAUCAUUGGAGUGACGCCCAUGUUUGCGGUCUGUUUCUUCGGCUUUGGCCUUGGCAAGAAGUUACAGCAGAAAACCCCCGACGACAUCCUCACAUAUCCCCAGCUUUUCGCAGCAGGCAUGCUCUCCGGUGUCUUCACCACCGCCAUCAUGGCCCCAGGAGAGCGCAUCAAAUGUCUGCUCCAGAUCCAGGCAGCGUCUGGGGAGGUGAAAUAUUCAGGGCCAAUGGAUUGUGUGAAACAACUGUACAAACAGAAUGGAAUAAGAGGAAUUUACAAAGGCACUGGCCUUACUCUGAUGAGAGAUCUGCCAGCAAGUGGAAUGUACUUCAUGACCUACGAAUGGUUGAAGAACCUGCUCACGCCCGCAGGAAAGAGUCACAACGAGCUCAGUAUCCCCAGCAUCCUCUUCGCCGGCGGGAUGGCGGGGGUCUUCAACUGGGCCGUGGCCAUCCCACCUGAUGUGCUCAAGUCCCGCUACCAAACGGCUGCUGAAGGGAUGUACCCCAACGGCGUGCGUGACGUGCUGCGGGAGCUGAUCAGGGAGGAGGGGAUCGGCUCUCUCUAUAAAGGCUUCACCGCCGUGAUGCUUCGAGCCUUCCCAGCAAACGCAGCCUGCUUCCUUGGGUUUGAGUUUGCAAUGAAGUUUUUGAACUGGUUAGCCCCUAACUUGUGAAUAAGGUUGGAUGCCUUUCGUCCGUAGCUUAGAAGCCAAACAGAAAAAAAAUGGAACAUCCAGGUAAAAAACAUCAGUAAUACACAUCAUCACUGUCAAACCCCAGUCAUAUCAAGGGUUGGUAUGAAAGGCCCUCAUCAGGAUUUUAGCAGUAAACAUGGUAUGUGAUCACAGUACAUAUUGCAAGACAAUAUGUUUUCAUUGGGGCAAUUGUAAGACCAAUGAUAUGUCUGUUCACACAGAUGCACACACACAGAAACGUUCUCACUCCUUCUUUGUUGCUUUGAAAAUGUUAUAUUAUUAGGAAAGGAGUGAACCGAACUUGUGCCUUACUUUUCCUAUCUGCAUAUAAAUGUACAUAAUAUCAGGGAAAAGGUGCAUUGUGUGUGUGUGUGUUCAUUAUGUAUAAUUUUCAAAAUGACAAUAAAUGUAUGGUUACAUUCCACCAAGUGCAUACUGUACAUCACGCCUUGAUAUUGUUCAUGUCAAAUUAAACUCAUUUACAGAACUGUA